CAUGGGCGUUACCAUGAGCUGGCUCCACACCUAGUACCCAUGGACUACACCAACGAGCCUGACGUUACAAUACCCCUAGCUCUUAUAGUCAGCAUGCCGGAACUAAAUGAGAACCCGUUCAGGAACAGGAUCGUGGAGUCCUUCUCUGAGGACGGAGCAGGGAAUCUGAGCUUCAACGACUUUGUGGAUAUGUUCUCUGUCCUCAGUGAGACGGCCCCCAGGGAGCUCAAGGCCAUAUACGCAUUCAAAAUAUACGAUUUCAAUGUGGAUAACUUCCUGUGUAAGGAGGAUCUGGAAAAGACGUUGAACAAGCUGACGAGGGAGGAGUUGAGCCCUGAAGAGGUCACCCUGGUCUGUGAGAAGGCCAUCGUAGAGGCUGACCUAGACGGAGAUAGCAAACUGUCCUUCGCUGACUUUGAAAACAUGAUCACCAGGGCUCCUGACUUUUUAAGUACCUUCCACAUAAGAAUCUGAAAGGGCUCCAAGGAAAGGUCUAUAUUCUGAUUUCAUGGCAGAGAUCCUGACCAUGCAAAAAACAAUGACCACACCCUGCCCACACCCUGAGCACAGCACAGUGCCUCUCUGCGGCUACAGACAUAACUCUCCCUGGACGUCUGUCUGUAGAGAUGGCAGCUGAUCCAGGAACAGACUGGCUUUGUUCUCACUAUGAUCCUGGAUCUCUUCAGUUUGGUUGUCCUUUCUUACACACACCCACAUUAUCUUUGGCCUCCUGUGUUUCCUCUUCAUUAGCCUUACUUGUUUUUCAUCUGUUUGGUUUCAGGAUGUUUUUUGUUGACUAUUAUAUGUCAUAGUAAUAUUAUUAUCACAACCACUGAUGGAACAAUGAUGCUUUGUAUGUUUUCUUAAAACGACAGAGAAACAGGAAGGUGAAAUGGGAACCUUUAAGCUGUUGCUCCUCACUCAAACCCAGACCAGCCCUGGCCUUGGAGGAAUACCGGAGUACUAGCAGAUACACAGAAACAUUCCCCUUGUGCCUCAGACCUCCAUACUGACCUCUCCUGUCACUGAAGGACGCUCAGGUCUCCUUAAUGAACUGAUGGGGAGAAUCUACAGCCCUGAGAGGGGUCAGGUCAGGACCUGGAACAUGCCUGGUUGAAACCUGCCUGGUGUACAUUAUACCAGACCAGACCAGAGGACAAAGAGAGAAGACAAAGAGAGAAGA